GCGACAUUUCCCACAGCCUGUGAACGCAUCACUGCGCUGCUCUUUCCCAAAGUGUCCCGCUGCAGGACAGUCUGUGUGAACUCGGGGAGGGGAAGCGCUGCGCUGUUCAAACUCCCAGGAUUUACACUCUGCCAUUUUGAGGAAAACCGGCCGACAUCAAGAGUACAGACGCGUCCAUGAAACAGAAGUCAUGACCUGAAUGAGUGAACCACCACUGUGAACGUAUGAGAAGGCCUCAGGGGGGCAGUUGACCCAACAAAGGAGGAAUUGUUGACUUGAAACUGGCCAUCAGCCCUCUCCAGCCAUGUGUUCCACAAACCACUCCAACUGGGUCACAUUUGAAGAUGACAGCACGCCGCUCCCGUCGCCUCAAAAGCCCCUACAGUCACCGGGGCUUCUCAAAGCAUCGGUACCGCGUCCCAACGGCCUGAAAUUAGUCCUUCCUCCAAUCAGAGACACUUCCCGGAGCUUCAAUAGUUCUCUGGAAUCCCCUCAAAGCCACUCCAGUCUUAGUGGAGGUUCCUGUGUACCGUGUAACACGCCCUUUUGCACUCCUGUGAGCGGGGUUCCUAACAGCGCGUCCCCGUUCCACUCCACCGCGGUCGAAAAGAAUGACUUCUUCCGGAGUUUCUCCAGCACGUCGACCCCCUCUGUGCCCUCGCCCGCACCAGAGGGCCUGCAUCAAACCUCAGAGGGCCCAAGCCCGUUCCCUUCUUUCCAAGGUAGCUCAGGACACUAUAACCCCUUCUGGGAUGGAUCUAGACACAGCGCGGAUGUGGACAGCUCCUCCUCAGACUCCUCAGAAGCUGACAACAGCCUACCGCGUUUCUUUAUUCGGACCAAAGACGGCAGUGAGCCUCCGCGCGACCACCUCCAGAGCUCCUUCGCCUACGUUUGCCACAAACUGGACGGCCUGCGAGCAGAAUCGGACCAGGAGACGGGAAAAGAUGGAGAGAGGCGACUGAGUUGCAAAAGUGAGGUGCUGAGCGAGGGCGCGUCUCAGUUCGUUCCCCGGGGUCUGUUCCGUAGCCAGAAGAGAGACGGCUGGUCCGUCUUGCUCAGGAUUCCCGAGAAAAAGAACCGCAUGUCCUCGCGACAGUGGGGGCCGAUCUACCUGCGCUUGCUGCCGGGAGGCGUACUGCAGAUGUACUACGAGAAAGGGCUGGAGAAGCCGUACAAGGAGAUACAGCUCCUCCCCCAGUGCAGGCUCUCGGACCUUAAACUGGAAAGCUACGGCGAGUCCCGCAAAGUCCUCUCGGUGAAGGUGGAACACUUCUCGUACACGGAGAAGAAGCGCUACCACCCAAAGCUGGAGGUCAGUCACGAGGCGGAGGCAGAAGAGCUGCUCAAGUUCGGCUCCACGGUGCACGGCGACAUGGAGGACCUGGUUGUCUCCAUGGAGGAGGAGAUCUUCAAAUUGUGUUUGCACCACCAGCAGAGGCGGCACUACGAGGAGCAGGAGCUGUCCCUGCAGAUCACCGAUCAUAUGUGGGUACAGCUGGAUAAGUUCGGAGAAGUCAUGGAGCGAACAGCCCUCACCCAGAUUCACUGUCUGGCUUUCCUGAACGGACUUGGGGAUUGUUUUCUCGCCCUCAACGACCUCGGGCUGAUGCGCAGCAACUCCAGCUACGGGUCCGAGGAGGACGGUGAACUCUGGAUGGAGAUCGCAGACUGCCAUUUUCACAAAUCUGUGAACGAGACAGAGUUUCAGAGGACCCGGCUGGUGAAGUUCUCACCUCCCGAGGCCUGCAGGGUGGAGCUGAUGCGCUAUAAGACGGCGAUUUUGGGCUGCACAGAUAUCCCCUUCUCGAUCAAAGCUGUCGUCACGGUUCAAGGUGCCUAUGUGGAGCUCCAGGCCUUUCUUAACAUGUCGGCCACCUUCCUUUCUACAGCGAGGGUGUCUGACACGUCCCCGCUGUGUGAGAAUGUGGUGAUCCGCGUGCCAGUGCCAGGCGACUGGGUCAAAGUGACGCAGACAGUGGCCUUGCUGCGGCAGAGGUCGCUGAAGGCCCGCAUGAACAGAAACGCCUGCUUGGGCGCCGUCGGCGCACCAGACUCUCAGCCCGUCAUGCAGGUGACCAUCGGCACUGUGAAGUAUGAGAAUGUAUAUUCAGCCGUCGUGUGGAGGAUCGACAGGCUGCCCGCGAAGAAUACGGCAGUGGAUCAUCCCCAUUCUUUUUCCUGCAAGCUAGAGCUGGGAUCUGACCAGGACAUUCCAAGUGACUGGUACCCUUUUGUCACCAUGGAAUGUGAAAUUAUGGGCGCAGUGGUGUCACAGACCAGGGUGAAGUCACUGGGCACUGCCAACGACAUCCAGCCGCAGAAACACGUAACCAGUUGGACGCGCUACCAUUGUCAGGUGGAGGUGGAAAAGAAAUGGAUUGAAACGGAGUCACAGAAGCAGUCGGGCUGCAUGACACAGUGAUUAUCAAAGAAGCUCUGACGAGGACGUGCUCCCUUUGGUCCGAGACAUUUGCCAAAAUCUUCUUAGCGGUGAAAAGGAAUGACAAAAAAAAAAUGAACAAAAACGAGGGCGAUGAGGGACUUUCUGCUUAUAUCUGGUAUCAAAUUCAUGCAAUUACUCAUAGCCUGUUAGUAUUUCUCAUGGAGGUUAACUGAUUUUGUAUCCUUUAACUGAGACUGAAUUAGUCUAGAACUAAUAAAAAAAAUAAUGUGGUCCUUUUGCCUAGCACUUUACAUUUAAUAGAUUUAUUAACUGUGCGCCUACAGUUUAUAUGAGUACUGUAUAUAAGCUUGCAUUUGCGUCAUCUGCACUGCCCUCCAGAAUGAUUCGCAGCCUUAAUAAAUGUACGCCGAACGGGCUGCAUGAGAUAAACGGCUUAAGUAAUGAGCAAUAUUCACAGAGUUUGAGAAAAACAUAAAUAUUAUCAGCAGAUGUUUAGGGUCAGGCCCUUUUGUUGCCCGGCAACGUUUAAAGUUAACAUACUUCCAAACGUAUUCAUUUAAUUGAAAUCCUCAACAUUUGUACUAAGUUCUGUGUGGCAGUGGCAUGGCAGUAUUUUGCAGCCCCCAUGUAGGUAACCCCUUGUAUCAUUAAGCGUCACAACAAAUGUGCAAAAACAAUGUGGAAAUGACUUGAGUGAUGCGAUUAUAGUUGAACAAAAAUACAUUGAUUGAAAGGUGGGUCACUUCAUGCUGCGCCCCAUCAGCAUUUGUCUGAAGUGUCCCAUUUAAUUAUGGUUAAAAUGACUCCGGCUCAAAGCCAAUUAGCAGCCAUUUCUCAGCAGUGAGACACUCUGAUCAAAGGUGCAAAGCAACAUGAGAGAAACCGAUAAUUAUAUUAUUUUUCCUCACAAUGUCUUUGUCCCAAAAGGCUACAAAAUAAUGUCAUAUUUGAAGGUUUGGCCAAAUACAGAUGAUGUGCUUUUACAGAAUGAGACGGUAGUGUCGGUGAGAAACUAACCCAACAGGACUGGAGCGUUUCUUCAAAAAGCUGUAGAGUAGUAGCAGCUAUGCUCAAACUCGUCGGGUCCGAAAUUUACUGUGCAACAUAGGGUAUUAUUAUUACUAUUAUUAUUACGUAAAGUGAGAAAUUAAUAUUUCUUCAUUUCACAUUGAAUACAACUCAUUACUUGUGUUGCUUACCUCAAAUUGACCUUUGACUUUAUACUAAGGUUGUGUUCUGGAGGACUGUAAUUUUAUUUAAACAAAAAAAACAAAUCUUUAUUAUGUGUUUUUUCUGCCUCUGGGUUGUGAAUAGGUUGGAUUUAAAAAAAAAAAAAAAAAAAA